GAUAAAAGAGUGUUGAGACCACCUAGUUUUGGUUACUUUACUGAUAACGGCCAUGAAAAUAAACAUAUACUCAUGAUAAUGCUAUUUUUACUUUUACUCUUAUUUUAAAACUUGUCCCAAUCAGGCAGAAUGAACCAGUUUUACUUUAGCUUUGUCGCAGUAAUUGCAACUUCAAUCCACUCGGUGUAUGGGGAUGAACCCGCUCAGCCUGUGUGGCCUGAGACAUUCACUCAGAACUUCACUGACAUCUCCUACUGGCCCAGUGGCUCAUACAACACCAGGGGCACAUACAGAUACGACUGGCCAAAUAAGAUGGCUCGAGUGGAUCUUGUGAGUUCGGAGUGGGACCCCUACUGCAGGCCAGAGUACAAUGCCAGCGCCACCCCUUGUGCACACAUGUACAGUGACGACAAAAUGUUCCUCUACUUCCCGGACAUGAUGAGCUGUUGCUACUGUUGCGAGCAGAAGAACUCUGAUUGGGGUCUCCAGGCACCAGACUGGCUGGAGAGUGCCAAGUACGAUGGCUCCUACAUCAUCCCUGUCUUCAACGGAUCCUACUCCUACCUCAGUGCAUACAAGUGGGAAGUCAAGAAAUACAGCUACUAUGAGCUUGAGGCAGAAGUACCUGUGGAUCGGAACAUGAUCAGCUGGCAGCAGGUAUCCAGCGGGGCUGCAAGAUUCUUCGACAACAACCGACACCUCACUGUCGACUCCGAGAUGACCCAGCUGCCCAGUCUCUGCUCCGUUGAUGUCAAGUGUGCAUCUGAUCUGUGCUCAGACUAAGGGCGCGAUGAUAUGCAAAGCGAACUACUCGUAACUGAUAGAUUAGAUAUUUCCAGAAACGACUCAUGAGACUGCAGUAGUUUUUAAUGAUUAUAUUGAGGAGGGCUAUUCACGACUGAGAUUAAUUAUUUGACUAAUAUCUAGUAGUACAAAAGCUUUGAAUGAUUUAUA